AUGAAGUUCUUCGCCCCGACCCUCUUCCUCAUGCUCGUCCUCCUCGUCGGUGCCAAAGCCGAGGUGUGGACGAGCAGGGACGGGCAGGCAAAGUGCACCGUCCCCAACGCCAGGAGGGGCACGCAGCUCCUGUUCAAAGUCCAGGGCGGCUGCGACGAUGCGGGAAGCUGCCCGCUCAGCGCCGAUGACCUCAAGAAGUUCUGCACCCAGGUCAAGGGCACUCGAUCAUAA